AUGACCGACCAGGGACCCUCCAAUAGCAACACUUUCAUGAUGCCCUUAGACGAUUUUACAGACGAUGAGUUCCGGAAGCUUCUUGACGAGUGGUGUACACCGAUGGACUUGGAGCAGCUCCGAUCCCCUAUUUUGAUGGAUAACCCAAACACCGCUUUCGCAUUCGACAUGACCAUCCCCGGUUCUUCUAAUCUCCACGAAUCUUCUACUCUCAUCGGCUCUUAUACCCUCAAUUCUACCGUCAACGCCACUGGCCCUCGAGACCCAAGCUUUUCUGUUGAGACAAGUCCAAUCCAGUCUCUUCAAGUCCCUGAUACCAGUGAUCUUAAAGAGAUUGACGAUUUGAAGGAAAGGGUACGCUACCUAGAACAGAAAGUGAGAGCUUUCGAUCACUAUAUCCAGCAGCUAAUUCCCUGGACUAUUGGGAUUGCGAAAGAAUUUGAGAAAUUGGCUACCCUCAUUUCAUCAAAAAGAAAGUAA